AUGACAAAACAGAAGCAGGAGCAAGCUGCCACCCCCGGCCCCGCUCUCUUCUCCCUCCACCCUACACUUUUCUUCCUAUUCUCGUCGCUAGAUACCAACUUCCAGUUCACCCCCGCCGCGACCAAGAGGCAGCCGGCGACGAGGAAGGCGGACGAGGACGAACCUUCGCACUCGCAGGGCGAUGACGGGAGGCCGGCGGCCAUGGAUCAUGUCAGGAAGCGCCACCAAGAGAAGGGCUUCCUCUAUGACUGGUCAGUAAAUUACAUGUACACAGGCGCACGCUUGAUGCUGUUGUUCUAUCUCUUCUUGGUGCCUGCUUGCAGAGUUGCAGUAGCGUCCGUGUCAUUGAUCUAA